AUGAAGACAGGACAACUGGCACUCCGAAUCCUAGCGAUAAGCCUAUGCAUUUGGGCAACCAACGCCUCAUCGCCAACCACCACGGAGACUACGACGACCACGACGGACAGUGACACCACCACCACGACGACAGCAGCCACCACGACCACCACCACCGCGUCCUCCUCCUCCUCCUCCUCCUCCUCGAAGGUCCAUCGCAAGCGGUUCAGGAUCAAGAACCUCAAGUACUCGAUUAAGCGCAGGGUGCGCGUCUACCGUGACACCAGUGCCAGUUCCACUUCCAGGAACAGGACCAGGAAUCGCUCCGGAAGGCGGGUCAGUGUGCGCAGCCUCAAUAGGCUGCUGCGACGCCGCAAUCAGGGCUAG